AUGAGACCUUUACUUCUGAUAGCCAUUAUUUGGCAUUUAUCAUUAUCUCUUGUUCAUGCUGGUGGUCAACAUCGAAGUGUUUUACUUGAAGAAGUGAAAACAUUAACGCUUCAUAAAGGACAACGAACUGAAGCAAGACGAGUUUCAUCCGUUCCACAAUUAAAAUGUGUUGGUGGUUCAGCAAAAUGUGCUUUUGAACCUGAUGUUGUACAAUGUUAUAAUCGUGGAUCAAAUGGUAUCGACAUUCAAUGGGAAUGUACAAGUGAAAUGCCACAAAAAUAUAAGUUUGGAAAAUUAAGUGUAUCAUGUGAAGGAUAUAAUUAUCCAGAUGAUCCAUAUAUUUUAGCUGGAUCUUGUGGAUUAGAAUAUAAUCUUGAAUUAACUGAUAAAAAUUUUCGUGAUUCAAAACAAUCAACAAAUGUUCGACAGUCGUAUGUUGAAAAUGUUUUUUUUUUUAUUUUCUGUAAAAUAAUUUAUAAUUCCUCUAUGUUAGAUCUGACUC